AUGACGUUGACCCUCUCCUGCCCGGGUGCCAAGACCGCGAUCAACAAGAUCCUCUUUGCGUCCUACGGCUUGCCCGACGGCGAAGGUCUUGCCGCCAGCGCCAACCGAAAAUGCCACUCUCCCCGGUCCGUGUCGGUUGUCGAGAGCUACUGCCUCCAGCAACAGACAUGCAGCCUCUGGGCCGUCAACGACUGGUUCACCGAUGAAUGCGUCGGCACGGGCAAGUUUCUGACCGUCACGGCGCAGUGUGCGGCCGCCACACCGACCAUCGUCGUCGACGCCAGCGCGGUCCUUGCGGUUGCCAAUGUGACCGAGAACAGCACGCUUUCGCUUGUCUGUGACGCACCCCUCGUCGUCUCCAAGAUCUUAUUUGCCUCGUACGGGACGCCGGUGAACACGGGUGUGUACGCCGCCAAGGGCAAGUGCGACGCGACCAACUCGACGCAAAUUCUGCAAGCAGCGUGCGUCGGCGACCAAGUUUGCAAUGUCAACGCCGACAACAGCGUGUUUGGCAACCCCUGCCACGGCACUGGUAAGCGACUCACCGUCACGGCCUUGUGUGCUGCAGCGGCGAGCAGCACCAAGGGCAAUGCGACAAGUGCGCCUGGUUCGACCGGUAGCCCGAUUUCUCCCAGCAGUACCAGUAGCCCAACGUCUGGCACGCCUGCCGCGGGCACAGCCAGCUCAUCCUCUACACCUGUGAUCAUUGGCGUCGUCUGCGGAGUUGUGGUCGUCGUCGCCGUCGUCGUCGGCUACAUCUGCUGCCGGCGCCGUCAGAAGCAAACCGCUGCGAACCAGGCGACACCCAACUACUACUACGAACUCCAGAGCACCACCAACGGCAUGGGCUACAAGGGCCGCAACAGCAGCGUCGCAACAGGGCCGACCGGUCCCACGAUGGGCGCAGCGACCCACCGGCGGGUGGAUCCGGUGACCGAGCCGCAUGUGAACCUUGACAUCACGCCUCUUCUGCACCACCGCCUCGUGCUCGAAGAUCUCCACGUAACGAGCCGGAAGCCGUUGGCGUCUGGCGCCUACGGUGAAGUCUGGCUUGGUGUCUACGGUGGCCAGCAAGUCGCGAUCAAGCGACUCAAACAGAGGGACCCACGCUCCGUGCAGAGGUUUAUUGACGAGAUCGUCCUCAUGUCCCAACUCGAUAGCGACUAUGUCAUCAGGUUUGUCGGCGCCAGCUGGACCCGCCCCAUCGAGAUCGAGUGCGUCGUCGAGUACAUGGACCUCGGCGAUCUUCGCAACUACCUCAUGACGACGCGCCCGGGUGUCUUUACGUGGAGCCAAAAGUACGACGUCAUCCUGAGCGUCAUCCACGGCCUCGUGUACCUGCACACGUUCAAGGUCCCGAUCAUCCACCGCGACCUCAAGAGCCGCAACAUCCUCCUCGACUCGGUCAAGGGUACCAAGCUCACGGACUUUGGCACGUCGCGCGCCGCCGAGGCCGACGACACGAUGACGACAGGCAUUGGCACGUACCAGUGGAUGGCGCCCGAGAUCGUCGCGGGCACCAGCUACACGGCGGCCGCCGACAUUUACUCGUUCGGCAUCGUCUUGUCGGAGCUGUGCACACACAAGGUGCCGUACGCGGACCUGCGGCACCCAAAGACGGGCAAGGCGAUGCAGCAGCACUACAUCUUGCACGAGGUGUGCGAAGGGCGGCUGCACCCAACGUUCGACGGCGUCGGCGUGCCGACGUGGGUACCGGAAGUGGCCAAGCAGUGUCUGCAGCUCAACGACGUCGACCGACCGACGGCGCUGCAGCUCUCGGCCAUCCUCUCCAAGUACCGUCAGAGUAUGCGGGCUCUAGCUCCCAUAUCCCGGGAACUCAACACCAUGUAAACUCCAAUUAUGAAUACACUGUAAAUUGUGUACAUUUCC